GACCGCCAUGUUGCCGGAGCUCCGCCUCAGGAUAACGCUUUUCCUACUGCUCGCCGUAGAUUUGGCGGCGGCCGGGGAGCUCCCGGUUUUCAGGGAAGCGCCCGCAUUCCGGAACGGGAGGGAAUGCCCCAAAACGACACCGUCCACAAUCCACGUGGCGAUGACCCUCGACGCCACCUACCUCCGGGGUUCUGUCGCCGGAGUCUUCUCCGUUCUGCAGCACGCCAACUGCCCGGAGAACGUUGUCUUCCACUUCCUCGCCAACCACCGCCGCGCCGAGCUCCGCCGCACGAUCCUCACCACCUUCCCGUAUUUGUCGUUCCGGUUCUACCGCUUCGACCCUAACCUCGUCAAGGGCAAGAUCUCGUCUUCCAUCCGCCGUGCUCUCGACCAGCCGCUCAACUACGCGCGCAUCUACCUCGCCGAGCUCCUCCCGCCCGCCGUCCGCCGCAUCAUCUACUUCGACUCCGACCUCAUCGUCGUUGACGACGUCGCCAAGCUCUGGACCAUCAACCUCAAAUCUCACGUCCUGGGCGCCCCCGAAUACUGCCACGCCAACUUCACCGCCUACUUCACCCCCAAAUUCUGGUCAAACCCAUUAUUCUCCACCGUCUUCAGUGAUCGAAACCCCUGUUACUUCAACACCGGCGUGAUGGUGAUCGAUCUUGAAAAAUGGCGGCAGGGUAAAUACACCGAGAAGCUCGAGAACUGGAUGAGGAUUCAGAAGAGGUAUAGGAUAUACGAGCUGGGCUCGUUGCCGCCGUUUCUGCUUGUUUUCGCCGGAAAUGUGGAAGGCGUGGAGCACCGGUGGAACCAGCACGGACUCGGGGGUGACAACCUGGAGGGGCUGUGCCGGGAUCUGCAUCCAGGUCCGGUGAGCCUUCUGCAUUGGAGCGGGAAGGGGAAGCCGUGGCUCAGGCUCGACUCGAAGAAGCCUUGUCCCUUGGAUGGCCUGUGGGCACCGUACGAUUUGUUCCAUCAUGCGCCGUUGUUUUCAGACAGCUGAGCUGCGACGCACUGGAUCAAAGCGAAUAAUUCGAGAGGUGGAAAGAUGUAAGAGGACAAAAUUGGAAAGCCAAUCCAGCGCGGAGCGGUGGCGUCAGAGGGGGCUGGGGGUGUAAUUGUACGAGGGAGAACUGGAGGGGUACAGUGACUGUAGGUUAAGGCUGGCGCGAUCGGGAGAAAAGGCUCCGGCCCUCGGGGACGGCCACCGGUGAACGGUGGUGGUGACGUGGAGGCAAGUGACUGGUGAGGGUGGGGUGUUAAUAUCACGAUGAUCUGUGCUUUCAUUGUUGUUGCCAGUGUUUGGAUAUGUGAAGAUUCCCUAAAGUCUAAUCGCUCGCUGCCUUUCAUCCUCUUUCUUUUGAUCAAACACAAAUUUUAGUGUAUGUACUUGUAUGUCUUUUUAAUUUAAAU